AUGGUUUUCGCCUCGACCCCAUCCCCAAAGCCCCGCAACACCAGCCAAGGUGCAAAGAGGGUAAACCGACCACGGCAACCCCACACAGAUCUGGCAUCUCCCGACGAGGAACCGACGAACCCGCGGCCCACCCCGGCGAGCGAGGGCGUCGGCAGCGGGGACGCCGACCCCCACCCGGAGUGGCGCCAGGACGUGGCGGAGGCCAGCCCCCACAACCCAAAGGAGGGCACGGACGGGAGGCAGCGGCCCGCGCCAGUGAAGGGAGCCCAGAUCCGGGCCCCAGCACCUGUCCCCGGCGAAAGGCGGUGGCGGCCGGCGGGCACCGAGGAUGUCGGAAGGUGCGGAGGCAACGCCCCAAGCCGGAGGCGGAGCAGCAGACGACGGCCAGCCCCGCCCGGAGCCCAUGGCGCCGCCGCCCCCGACGACAAGGCCCACCCGGCCAGGAAGGCACAGAUCCGCGGCAUGGGGAGGUGGAUCCGGCGAACGGUGGCCGGAUGCCGGCGCACGGCGGCCGGACCCCAGAGGAAGACGACGACCUAG